AUUUCAGAGGCUGGUGAUUUUAGAGAGAGAGAGAUUCGCGAUAGGAGAAGAGAGAGAGAGAUUCGCGAGAGGAGAAUUGAGAGAGACAGAGAAGCGAAGGGGCACUUGAUUCCAGACAGAAAGACAGACAUUGAAUUUCAGAGAGAGAGAGAGAGAGAGAGAGAGAAGAUAUCAAUGGAGAAGAGGUGCUUAUAUGAGGUUCUCGGUGUGAGCAGAACCUGCUCUCAAGAAGAAAUUCGCUCUGCUUACAGACGAUUAGCCCUGCAACUCCACCCCGACAAGCUCCUCCAAUCUGGUGUCUCAGAAGAGGUGGCGACUGCUCGCUUUCAGGAGCUCAGCAAUGCCUACGAAGUCUUAUCAGACCCCAAAGAACGGUCCUGGUAUGACUCUCAUCGCAUGCAAAUCCUCUUCUCUUCUCCAAACCCUAACUCAAAGCCUACUUCGCACCCUCCUCACUUUGUCGAAUCCCUAAAUCUCUUCUCUUUCUUCUCAAAUUCUGCGUACUCUGGUUUCACUGAUAACAAGAAGGGGUUUUACAAAGUUUAUGGUGAUUUAUGCGAUAAAAUCCAUACAAACGAAGUGAAUUAUGCCAGUCUUAUGAAUAUGGAUCGGUCGAUUGUUAAGGAUGCUCCGUUGAUGGGGAACUUGCGGAGCGAUUAUAUGCAGGUAUCAGCUUUUUAUAGUUACUGGUUAGGAUUUGCAACUGUAAUGGAUUUUUGUUGGGUUGAUCAAUACAGAGUUUCAGAGGGUGAGAAUAGAAAGGCAAGACGGGUAAUGGAUGAAGAGAAUAAGAAAUUGAGGAAUAAGGCUCGAAAGGAAUACAAUGAAACAGUUCGCGGUCUUGCUAAAUUUGUGAAGAAGAGAGAUAAAAGGAUUAUUGAGAGAGAAAUCCAGAGGAAUUUGGAGCAACAGAAGAGAGAGGCAGAGCAAUUGCGUAAAAAGAAAGCAAGAGAAAGAGAGAGGUUAGAGAGAGCAAGAGCUUAUGAAGAACCAGACUGGGCAAAAGUUGACGAGGGAGAAAGAGUAGAGGAGGAGGAGGAGGAGGAAGAGAAUGAGGAUGCAAAGAAAGAUGGAGUUAGAGAGUUGUAUUGUAUUGUUUGUAGCAAGAAGUUUAAGUCAGAGAAACAGUGGAAAAAUCAUGAGCAGUCGAAGAAGCACAGGGAGAAAGUUGCAGAGCUUAGAGUGGAUGGAAGUCGUGGGAACAGAAAGAAAAGUAAUGGACAUGGAGAUCCUUUCAUCGAAGAAUUUUGUGAAGAAUUCAAGGAUUCUUUGGAUUUGCAAGAAGAAAAACUGAAUAAUGAUAGUGGAGUUGCUGAUCUGGGUGAAAUGGCCAAUACCUUCUACAAAGAAGAAGAAGAAGAAGACGAAGAAAUGGUGAAUGCCUACGACAAAGAAGAAGAAAAAGGAGAAGAAGAAGAAGAAGAAGAAGAAGAAGAAGACAUGUUUAACACAGAGAGUGAUUUAUUAAGUGAUGAUGAUGAAGCCAGCAUAUUAGAGGCCAUGGUAAAGGGGCAUAAGACUAGGAAGAACAAAUUUGUUAGAGAAUUAGAUUCUUCACUGAGAAAUGGAUCUGAAUCUACUCAUAUUGAUGAUGACACGACCUUUGUGGACUCAAAAUUCAAGGAGAACUCUAAAAAGAAGAGGUCAGAGAAGAAAGAGAGUAGUAAUGCAAAACCCAAUGCUUUGGGUGAAUCAGUACCAUGCAAUUCAAAUCAUGAAGAUAAGGAAGAAGUUUUAUCAACUCAAAAUGCAGAGGAUACAUGUGCCAAUGGUGGUGAGAUGCCAAAGAAAAACCAAAAUCAAAGCAACAGUUCACAUGGUCGAAAACCAGUGGAGCAAAGUGAAAUGAACAUCAAGAGGAAAAGCUCAUCUAAAGGAAAGAAGCAGAAGGCUGCGCCAUCAAAGAAACCUGGCCUCCAAUGUGAGACAUGUGGUGAGAAUUUUGAAACGAGGAACAACCUAUUCACACAUUUGAAUGGCACGGGACAUGCGAGUUUGAGAUCAAAAUAGCUGCAGCUGAUCAUGCAUGUUUUGAAAGUUAGGCUUCGAAGGGAGCUCAAUUUCUAGCCAAUACAUGUGAAAGUAUUCAUUUUCUUCUUUUUUUUGGCCUUUUCGAAUGAUCUCUAUUCAUUUUUAAUAUGUUUUAAAUGUAGAUUUGUUUCUUGAGGCCAAAGCAGGGUGUCAAGUGAAAUGCAUAAACUUUUGUCAGAGACCAAGUUUAUUUUUAUUUUAUUUUUUGUCUUCUUUGGGUCGAUUCUCCUAUUUGUACGGGAUUGUGGAAAAUCUUGUUUCAUUAUUAAAUGGAAAAAUUUAUAUAAGGUGUUAA